CCUCAGGGGCUAAGGCACAAUGACGAGGGGCUGAGGAAGGGACGCCCCGCGGCCCGUCCUGCCUCUCUCCUCUGGAAACCCACCUUCCCCGGGGACCGGAGCAGGGACCGACCUCCGGAACACCGGGAGGGACCGCGGGCCCCGCCGCCAGGAGAAGGCUGCAGCGGGCGGGGAUGGGACUUGUAGUUCUCGCUCCGGUCGGCGGCGGCCGAGAGGUCCGCCGGGAGUUGUAGUCCCGCCGCCGGCAGCGCGGGGCCCCCCGUGGCGGCCGCAGACUACAGCUCCCAGCGCGCCGCGGAGGCCGCGCUGCCUCGCCGAGCGGCGGAGGGAAGGAGCCGGUCGGGGGGAAAGAUGGCGGCGAGGUUGAGCGGCGGGGAGAACCGGUUGGUGUCGCUGCCCCUGUCGCGUAUCCGUGUGAUCAUGAAGAGCUCGCCGGAGGUCUCCAGCAUCAACCAGGACGCGCUGUUCCUCACCGCCAAAGCCACGGAGCUUUUUGUUCAGUAUUUGGCUGCAUACUCCUACAAACAUGGCAAAGGCAAGGAGAAGAACGCUUUAACUUACAGUGACCUGUCCCAUACUGCAGAAGAGUGCGAGACCUUUCAGUUCCUUGCAGAUAUCCUGCCAAAGAAGAUCCUAGCUAGCAAAUAUCUAAAAAUGCUUGAAAAAGAGAAGCAAGAUGGAGACGUGGGUGAAGGUGAGGAAGAGGAUGAGGAGGAAGAGGAUGAAGAUGAAGCUGCUGAAGAUGUUGGAUCUUAAGUCUAUGGAGAAUUGCUUCAUAGUUGAUCCAUUUUCUGUUUUGUAAAAGAUGUUAUUUUUGUGACUGAGAAUCCAGAUGCUGGAUAUAUUUAUAUACUGAGCCAUCUGCUUUUGCUUUAAGAAGUUGAGAAAUUGAACUUUACACUUGUUGAAGAAUGUAAUUCUUCUCUCUGAAACACGGUGGGGUAAGAAGAGCUAAUGUAGAUUAUAAAAGCCAUAGAAUGGAUUGGAUUGGAUUGGAAGGGGUCUUAAAGAUCAUCCAGUUCCAACUCACCUGCCAUAGGCAGGGACACCUUCCACUAAAGCAGAUUGCCCCACGCCCUGUCCAGCUUGGCCUUGAAUACUGUGA